GAACAUAAAAAAGAAGAGAACCCCAACCAAUUGCACCACGACCGGAUGGAAGAGCCCAGCUGACACAACCAAGACAACUCUCAGUGUCUAGGGAAGCUUGGGGUUCAGCUCCUUUUACUUCAGGCAAAUCUGAACUCAGUUAAUGCAAUUUUUGAAGCAUGUCCUGAAUAGAUUCAGUCAUUAUCGAGUCAAACGGUGAAAGGUUGCUACUAUUACCAAAUAGGAAGAAUCUGAAGACAUAAGAACUACACAUGAGGAAUACGUCAUUUAGCACCUUCACUUUUUGAUCUCCACAGAAGACAAUGAGAAGUCACACCAUAACAAUGAUGACAACAACUUCAGUCAGCAGCUGGCCUUACUCCUCCCACAGAAUGCGCUUUAUAACUAAUCAUAGCGACCAGUCACCACAAAACUUCUCAGGAACACCAGAUGUUACUACAUGUCCCAUGGAUGAAAAAUUACUAUCUACUGUGUUAAUAACAUUCUACUCGGUUAUUUUUAUCGUGGGACUGGUUGGGAACAUAAUUGCCCUCUAUGUAUUUCUGGGUAUCCACCGCAAAAGAAAUUCCAUUCAAAUUUAUCUACUUAAUGUAGCUAUUGCAGACCUUCUACUCAUCUUCUGCCUCCCUUUCCGAAUAAUGUAUCACAUUAACCAAAACAAGUGGACACUAGGUGUGAUUCUGUGCAAGGUUGUGGGAACACUAUUUUAUAUGAACAUGUAUAUUAGCAUUAUUUUGCUUGGAUUCAUCAGUUUGGAUCGCUACAUAAAAAUUAAUCGGUCUCUACAGCGACGGAAGGCAAUAACAACUAAACAAAGUAUUUAUGUCUGUUGUAUAGUAUGGAUGCUUGCGUUUGCUGGAUUCCUAACUAUGAUUAUUUUAACACUUAAGAAAGGAGGGCAUAAUUCCACAAUGUGUUUCCAUUAUAGAGAUAAGCAUAAUGCAAAAGGAGAAGCCAUUUUUAACUACGUUCUUGUGGUAAUGUUCUGGCUAAUUUUCUUACUAAUAAUCCUUUCAUAUAUUAAGAUUGGGAAGAAUCUACUGAGAAUUUCUAAAAGGAGGUCAAAAUUUCCUAAUUCUGGUAAAUACGCCACUACAGCCCGGAACUCCUUUAUUGUACUCAUCAUUUUUACUAUAUGUUUUGUUCCCUAUCAUGCCUUUCGAUUCAUCUACAUUACUUCACAGCUAAAUGUAUUGUCUUGCUACUGGAAAGAAAUUGUUCACAAAACCAAUGAGAUCAUGCUGGUUCUCUCAGCCUUCAACAGUUGCUUAGAUCCAGUCAUGUAUUUCCUUAUGUCCAGUAACAUUCGCAAAAUAAUGUGCCAACUUCUUUUUAGACGAUUUCAAGGUGAAGCAAGCAGGAGUGAAAGCACUUCAGAAUUUAAACCAGGAUGCUCCCUGCAUGAUGUAUCUGUGGCAGCAAAAAUACAGUCUAGUUCUAAAGGUACUUGAGGUAAACAUACUAAAAAUAAUGAUAUAAUACAGCCUCUUAAUUCUUUGAAGAACUAAAAAAAUGACGAAACAUAGUUCUAGCAUUUACAAAACUCAGAUCUCAAAGCUCUCUUUGUAUCUGUGAUAUUUCAAUCGCUUAACUGUAAGCCAUUUGAAGGUACUAUAUUUUAAAUCUGCAUAUAAAAUCUUUUCAAGAUACAUUUUUAAGCUAAUACUCUUAACAUAUAUUGUGAAGUUAAGUGGAAUUUACGGCUUUAACAGCAAAAUAAUUAAAGUGCCAUAGUCUCUCAAGUCACUAAAGUAGUUAUUAAAAUCAAGCACUUGAUACUAAUUUAAAAUGUGUUUUAAAAUAAAUGAUUCGGGAACUGACAAUAUGUCAGAAAAUAGAUGUUCCUUUAUCAUUUUAAAAUCUUGUAUAAUUUGCCGCUGUAUUCAUUUAUGCCUAAAUCUCUAUAACAAAUGAAAAGAUAAUUAAUAAAAUCCUAAUUAAAAAA